UUUAUUUUUCAUUUGGAAAAUGGCGGCUUCUAGCCCAACUUGUGCCCCAGAUGGGGUUGGCGACGAACCUGGUUCUGAACCAGAACAGGAGACCGAUACCUGGGCAGCACAGGGACCGAUCGUCAAGAGAGAACCCGAGUUAAAAUUACUGAGUCCGAUCAGUGGUGUGGAGCCCCUCUCGUGGUCUGAGGACCACAGACUUGCAGCUUCUACCUCCACCAGCAUCUCUGUUGUGGAACUCGUGUGUGAUGUUAAUGUUCAUAACCAGAACUUGAUUUUACAUCGAACACUAAUUCCCGUACCGGAGUCUCCUUACGAGUUUAAGGUGGGCCCAGAGGAAGAAGUCUUAAAAGUGAAAAAUGACUUGGCAACAUCAAGUGACCCAACUGUGACGCAGACCUUCAUGAUUGACAAAGUGAUGAACCCCCAGACGGGUGCACCACGGGGUGUGAAGUACACCAGCUGGUCACCUCUGGGCUGUGACGUCAAUGGCCGCUGCCUGUUGGCCACUCUCACACUGGACAACCGGCUGACAGUGUACAGCAGCCGAAAACGCCUGCAGUGGACUCAGGAGGUGGACCUAACCAAGCUAUAUGGUGAAAUGCUAGCGUCCCGUGACUACUCUUCUGUUUCGCACGAUGGCUCAUCCUCUUCCUCGUCCUCUUCCUCUACGUCGGCCACUCCUGCUUCUCUAACUGACCCGGAGGAGCUGCGCCGGCGGUAUCGUAUGCAGACGCCCGUGCGUAUGGAGUGGUCGAACAUGUGCACCAGGCAGCAGGUGCAGACCAACAACAAGUGCCAGGAAAUAGAGACAGUGCUGCUGGCUGUGCUGAUGGAGAACGGCGACCUGGUGGUGUGGCAGUUCAGCCUGCCGCUGCAGGGCGAGGACGCAGUGAUCUCCUGCAACACCAUCCAAUCGGGCAUGGCCUCUCCCAGCGUGCUGGCAUGGUGGGAGUACGAGCACGGCGGGCGGCGCAUGAGCGGCCUGAUCGUGGGAAGCGGCUCCGGGCCCGUCAAGAUCCUGCCGGUCAACUUGCGCGCCGUCAAGGGCUACUUCACGCUGCGGCAGCCCGUGGUGCUGUGGCCCGAGUCGGACCGCAUCCCCGUGCACCAGAUCCGCUGUGUCACUCUCUUUCACCCGCUGCACAAGUGCAACUGCAGCCUGGUGGUGGCGGCGCGCGGCUCCUACCUCUUCUGGUGCCUGCUGCUGAUCACCAAGGCUGGCCUGAAUGUGCACCAUUCGCACGUGACCGGUCUGCACGCCACCCCCAUCACCUCGCUCAGCGCUGGCCACCACGGUGGCUCGGUGUACACCUGCGCGCUGGACGGCCACGUAAAGAAACUCACCCCCAUUUUCACAGACGCUGCUGUGCUCUUCAAGCAGGAGGAUGUGCCCCUGCCUGAGGGUGUGGUCGGAAAACGCCUGCACGGUAUUAGUGUAAGCCCGUAUGGUGCUUACAUGGCAGUGGUCACCACAGAGGGCAUGACCAACGGCCUGCACCCAGUUGAACGCCACUAUCAGGUCCAGUUUGUGACGCUGAAGACGCCUGAGGAUGCGGCCACUGAGCUGCUGGAGUCGGGCGUACAGAACCUCUUCCGGCAAGCCGAUCUGCUGGACCUACUGCGGUGGAAGGUGCUUCGGGACAAGUGCAUUCCGUCGCUCCUCAUGGACGAGCUGGACGAGAAGGUGCACAGCGCGGGCACCCCCUACCUGUGGAGACUCAAGCUCUUCCUGUGCCGGGUUUUCUACCAGUCGCUGCAGAAGUCGCCCACUGAGUCGCGCUGGAGGCCCAGCCACGAGGACCCCAAAGCCCCUAUGCUGGGGGAGGACGAGGGGGAGGGGGACGAGGAGAGCCAGGCCCAGGGGGAUGGGGAGGGAGAGGGAGACAGGGAAGGGCAGAACGCAGAGCACAAGUCCAAAGCCGAGGAGGACAGGAUGACCGAGGUACUGGCUUGGAUGGAGGUAGUGGAGGUGCACCUGACACGCGAGCACAUGAAGCGCGUGCUGGGAGAGGUGUACCUGCACACCUGGAUCACGGAGAACACCAGCAUCCCCACGCGGGGGGUGUGCGACUUCCUCGCCAGCGACAACAGCUGCGAGGACAGGGCGGCUAAGGUCCUUAUUGGACACGUGUGUAAGAAGAUGAACAAGCAGACGUUUCCGGAGUACUGCAGCCUGUGCAAAGACGUGCUACCCUUUAAUGACCGCCGGCAGGCCGUGUGUCCCAAUGGACACCUGUGGCUCAGAUGUAUGCUUUCGUACCAGGCAUGCCAGUCGGUGAGCUACAGGCGCUGUUUACUGCAGGACAGCAUUGCCCGGAUGCCAGGGCCAGAGGACCCGGAGUGGAUCAAGAGGAUUCUUCAGGGACCAUGUGUGUUCUGUGACUCCCCCCUACUGUAGGAUCCCACGUUCCCCUGAAGGGGGCAAAGGUCACAAUGCCUGAGGCAUCCAAUCAGGAUGGACCGUGCUGCUAAGAGAUGCCAUACGAACUCUUUUUCCCUUUCGGUUGUCAUAUCAGCAUACGAGAGUGAAUUUCAUUUGGUAUUUUGCAAAGUUUUUAUAUAUAUGUUGGUGUGUGUAAAUGUAUACAAUAUGUAUAAAUAAACAAUUCUUUCUGUUGGAAAAACUA